UUUUACCUUGAAGUGAUAACAGGAAGUGCUGCUGUAAAUGUUAUUAGUAUUUUAUAAAUUUACUGGAAUUAACGUUAGCUAGUUAUCGACAGCUUUGAAUGAACAUCCAUCAGCCUAAGCUACAUUCCUAAAUAAAGCGGACAGUGGCAUUUUUGGAAUUUCUUCGGGAUUUUACAUAGAUACGACAAGCUUCUGAUUAAAAUAUGUGUCAUUAUGUCGUUAUCUCCGUUUACCACAGCCAUAACUGUGGUUUCACUGAAGCUUAACCCUACCCCGACUUUCUUAGAGCACAACAGCGUUCUCUCCAUGAUGUGGAUGUGUGUUGCUCUUUUCCUGCUGUGGCCGAGGUCAGGAGGAUGCACAGAGAAGGCAAACACAUCAGACCUCAUUGAAUACACAGCUUCAGAUUUCUAUGAGAAAUUGCAUUCUGGGAAGAUGAUGUUUAUCUAUUUUGAAUGUAAAGUCUCUCCAACCAUCUCUCUCUUCUUGGUGGAGUUGGAGAAGUCUGCUGAAGCUCUGCAAGAUUAUGGGGUACUGGUUGGAAAGGUCAACUGUAAUAAAGAGCGGGUUCUCACAUACUGCACAGAUGAAAGGCUACUGCACACGGCUUUUUUGUUCAGGGGUGGUAAGGAGUUUUUGGGUUUGGAUUUGGACACCGUGUUUGACGUCAACUCCAUAGUCUCCGAAGUCCUGUUUGCCAUUCUGCAUGAAGAGGUCAAGUACAUCCGCACAGACACUGACCUCUUGGCUAUGGAGAAGGCAGCUAGAAGGAAGAAGGAUAUUGUGCUGGGUUACGUCCGCAGCCUGGGCACACAAGAGCACAGAUCGAUGAUGGAGACAGCAUAUGUGUAUGGAUCCAAAUACCAGUUCAUCCUCAUAACAGGAGGACCAGUGUUGAAACAGUUAGGUGUGAAUGAAUCAUCUCAUGCAUCUGGGGUGUGGUUCCUCCACUGUAGACUUCAGGGUAUGUCACACAUGACCCUGAUGACCUCUGAGCGCUGCCCUUUGACCCCCAUGAGGAAACCCCUUUCCACCCUCAGCCUUCACUCCUUCCUGCAGCUCAUGGAAGCUCCACUAGUGUCUGAAGUAUAUGAGGACCCCUCCACUGUCCAGCCCCCCCAGUUCCCCUACCAGCACACCCCCCAGGUCUUCCUAUUCUCUCGUCCCUCAACCGAGCACCUGGACCUGGACACGGCCACCACUCUGGCCUGGAGACUCCGUGGCCUUGCCCUGCUGCUGCUUGUUCACAGGCAGAGCUCUGCAGUGAAAACCCCUGAUGAAUAUAAUGUUGCCUACAGGCUGCCCGAGAUGAGCUUAGAGGUGAAGUAUUUGACAUUGCACAACCUUGAUGAGGUGUUGGAGCUCUUUACAAAUCAAGAGAAGGAUGAGGAGGGGGAAGAUGGGGAGCUGGAGGACGAGGAGGAGGAUUUACAUUUUGGCAGCCUGGAUGAUGAGAUUGCAGCAUCUGUCUAUGAAAACCGAGCCAACUCACUGGACUUGGACUCAAUUACCCAGCUGACUUCUGACAACUUCCAUACUGCAGUAACACAAAGCAGCCUGACAGUGGUGCUCUUCUACCUCAAAUGGGACGCUGUUUCAAUGGCUUUUCUCAGUUCCUUCACUGAAGUUGCAGAAAGACUUGCAGAGGCCGAGGUUGAUGAUGUCCAGAUGAGUGCAGUCAACUGUGGAGAGUGGACUGACCUCUGUGCUGCUCAGCCAUCCACCUCUCUCCCAAUCCCAUUUCAGCCAAUCACAGCUUUCCCCAGCAUCUUGGUGUUUCGGUCCCAGGAGUCGGCCCAGAACUACAGAGGAAUGCUGGGAAGCGUGGCGCUUCAUCGCUUCAUCAUGCUAUGUUGUGCUGCUUCUCCUGUGCUACUGUCCACCCAGGAAGAAGUAACAUCUUUUCUUCAGGAAGUGCCUCACCCUGAGCUAGCAGGCUACAAGCUUGACAGGGUCCUGGGACUGUUUAAAGCACAAACACAUGCAGGAGUGUUGGUGUUUACUGAAGCUGCAAAGUCCUUGAGAGGAGAGGUUCUGACUGGACUGCUGACAGAUGGGCUGGCAGAGAAAUGGGCUGCAGACCACAUGGUGGACCUUCCUGCAGUGCUGGCGUUUCCAUCUUGGAGAACGGACUCUCAUCCCACCACGCUGCCUGUGCCCUCCUCUGCUGAAGUGCUGCUCACACAUAUUAACACUGCUCUGCUCCAUUCAAUGCCUGAACUGACAGUGGAAAAUUUGCCGUCCUUCCUCUCUCUGGGAAAAGCCUUACUCCUCCUUUUUGUGGGAGAGGAGGAGGACGAGAUUGGGCGGAGGCAGAACCAGGUGCUGGUGGAGGAAAUGAGACGAGUGGUAGAGUCGGGAGGGGGGAGGAUGGAUCAGUACCUGGCCUGUUGGAUCCACCUCGGCCGUACUCCAGCUGGUAUGUCUGUCCUGGGGUCAUACCUGGGUUCUAUGCCCCCCCUCCCUGCUCUGGUCCUCACACAUUUGCCUUCUGGAGGUGAGAUCUAUCAGUACCCCCCCACCACACACAUCACGGCCCCCUCUGUCCUGCAGUGGCUGCAGAGGAUCGAGUAUGGGACUGAAUCACCAGCAGGGAUGUUGGGUGAGGACAGCUGGCCGCCUGCUGUCGACUUCUACGACUUCCUGAAAAUUAUGGACAUACAGAAACCCAGGUCUGCCCAGCAGCAAACUCCUGAGGAGGAGGAGGAGGAAGAGGUGAAUGUGGAAGAUGAUGUGGUGGUAGAAGAAGCAACAGAUUCCUCCUCCGGCUCUCCUUCUCCUGACACUCACUCUGAACUGUAACAGAACAAGGUGACAGGACAGUGACACCAAACCACUGAUUAAACCUGUUUGUGCAUUGUAUUGUAUCAUAUCCAAGGCUUUAGUCUGCUGUUUUUAUCAUAGGAUUAUUGAAUGGUCAGUUAACAUCCUGUUGCAGUUUUGUGACUGAUUCCCUAUAAAUUCUCAUUUUGUCUGUUCACCUACUUUUGCAUAUAUUUUUAAAGAUUUGUUUAAGCCUGUGUCAUCCUGUCGGUCUGUCCUGUUUCUUUCAGUUUAGCUCAGCUGGUAAAAUAAGCCACAGCAGGUGGAAGUGAACCUGAGGGAGGCCCCUGGUUUCAGUUUGUUGAAAUAAUUUAUUUAAAAUGUGGACAAGUGCUUAUUUUUUUCUGAUGAGCUCAACCUUGCCAGUUUCUAUUUUUUUUUCUGGAUUUUAAAAUAAUUUACUAGCCUGUACUCUGUCCAGUUUCUUCUGCUCAUAGCAGUGACAGCUGAUGUCUAGUAUGUCAGCUGUUUGUCUUCUGCAGGUAAAUGGAUUUGCAGCUGGGACUGCAUAUUUUGUCCGCUUCUGAGUUAGACAUUUAUGUUUUCCUCCUUUAUGCCAGUAAGCCUGCCUCAAUCAAAUGAUUUUAACAGCUUUUCCCCUUACGUUAGAUUUGCUGCUGAUUAGCUAUAGCAAUUGCCUUUUAAACAGUACUAUUCUAU